CUCUGAUUUCUAUAUAAUGGCCCUCUGCUUCAGUUUCACCAAAGUCGGUUUGCAGAGACACAAAUUUCUUCAGCUUUUCAUAGCUAGUUUUGUAAUGAUGCACGGAUCGAUGGAUCAAUCAAUAUCUCCAUACAAAUCCCCCAAUUUCAAAAAAUUCCAUCAAAAUCCAAUUCCCUCCGACGCUUUCCGGCCGUCCCAAUCCUCACAGCCGCCGCUUCUCCCCCUUCCGGCCUCCGCCCGCCGCCUCUCGUGCUCGCCCGCUAGCAGGAAGUCAAAAUCCCCAAAAAAGGAAGGUAAAAAAUCGAAAGGUGCUGCGAAAGUGGUGCCGUUGAUCUCGAUUGUGGAGAGUGAUGCGAGAAAGUGCGAGAUCGGCGACGUAUUUUCGGGAUCGGCGGUGUUCUCUCCGCCGCCGAGCAGUCUGCCUCUGCCGACCUUCACGAUGAGGCCAAAGCUUAGCUGUCAGGCGGCGGGCGUGGAUGCCGGCGCCACCGAUGUUCUGCGGCGCCUUCUUCGACUCCGGUGAAUUAAUUAAGCAAAGCUGGAGUUGCUUUGUGUAUUUGUUUGUGGUUUGGAUGAGUUAUUGGAGUGGAGAUCCCAUGUGUUUUUAGGAUUGGGAGCUUCAGCUUUAGAUAACUUGCUCAACCUAAAUUACCUUCUUCUCUGUAUUGAUCUCUAGUGGAGUAGGAGUACUAAUUAAUUCCCUUGUAAUUUGAUUUUUCAUGGAUGAACUAAAUGAAUUUUCUCCUGUUUCUUUUA